AUGAGGGGGAGCUCGGGGGUGAAGCGGGUGGGCAAGUACGAGCUGGGGCGGACGCUGGGCGAGGGCAACUUCGCCAAGGUGAAGUUGGGGCAGGACGUGGAGAGCGGGCGGCGCGUGGCGAUCAAGGUCAUGGACAAGGACAGGAUUCUGCAGCACAGGAUGGCGGACCAGAUAAAGCGCGAGGUCUCGAUAAUGAAGAUGGUUCGCCAUCCCAACAUCGUCCAGCUUAUCGAGGUGCUGGCGUCGCGCAACAAGAUCUUCAUGGUGCUCGAGUUCGCGGCGGGCGGCGAGCUCUUCGACCGCAUCGUCACCGGAGAACCUGCUGAUGGACGACCGGAGAACCUGCUGGUGGACGAGCGCGGCAAUCUCAAGGUGUCGGACUUUGGGCUGAGCGCCCUGCCGCAGCAGCAACACCGCGACGGGCUGCUGCACACCACCUGCGGCACGCCCAACUACGUCGCCCCCGAGGUGCUGCACAACAAGGGGUACGACGGGCGCAAGGCGGACGUGUGGUCGUGUGGUGUCAUCCUCUUUGUGCUGCUGGCGGGCUACGUGCCUUUCGAUGAGCCCGACCUCGUGCUGCUCUAUGACAAGAUAUCCCGCGCGCAUUUCAAGUUCCCCGAGUGGUUCUCCCCCGGGGUGAAGCGCCUCAUCACGCGCAUCCUCAACCCCGACCCCGCCACUCGGCCAGGGCUGGAGGCGAUACGGAGGGACGAGUGGUUUCAGCGCGACUACCAGCGCGCGUACCCGCUGCCCGAUGACAUGGAGGGGGCGGGGGGCACUGAGGACGUGCUGCUGCAUGCACGGCUGCACCCGGUGGCAGAGCUGUCUGUGCGAGUGGCACACUCGCCCUCCCUGCAGGCCUCGCUGCCCGUCUCCCUCAGCCCGCGCACCACUGCAGCAGCGGCACCACCAGCAGCACUGGGUGGUCGUGAGGCACAGGCAGGGGUGGCGGAGGAGGGGCGGACAGGGGGUGCAGGAGACGGGGGGGCGGGAGCGGGGGCAGGGGAGGAGGGACCGGAGUGGGUGAACGCGUUUGACCUGAUAGCGCGCGCGCAUGCUCUGGACUUGGGGGCGCUCUUCCACCGCCGCGCCCACCCCGUGCUGCGCCACACACGCUUCGCCUCGCGCCUGCCGCCCGCCCUCAUCCGCUCUCGCCUCCUCGCCCUCGCGCCCGCUCUGCACACCCACGCGCACGCCAACCUCUUCAAGGUGCCGCGCAGGGGAGGGGGGGUGUAA